UUCGAUGAGGAACCAGCGGUGUCGCUAUAGUCUCGCGGCGUCUACGGUUGCACAUCGGCUACUCUUCCCGCUCGGAACUGCGUGUGAUGUCAUUGACAGUUUCAGCCAAUAGCUGGCGGCAGCGGCGCAUUCGAACGAGGUGUUGCAGAAGGGACUGUCUGUUGGUGGGUUAUCUGCAGGAAACGGGUUCUUCGGGAUGCGUGGCGGCAGUUCAAGCCUCGCCCUAUUCCCUUAAGUGGGGAGAAGAAGCUCGUAUUUGGCUUUCUCCGCUUUUUCAUCCGGCGGAUUGUUUCUGCACGGAGGCUCCUACUUCCCCCACUCUUCCUUGAGGUGGUGCUUGUUCCUGAACAGAAGUCAGCUCCCUUGCUUGGAGCCCAAAUGCCUAUCUAUACUGUACCAAAUGGAAACCAUACUGGUGCACUUGGUAUUUCUUCACAAAAGCAUCCUUCCCAAAAUGUCUCUGCUAGAAGCAACAGGUUUGGACAGCAGCUUACGUCACAAGUAUCUGAGAAUGAGAGAAGCAAUCCAUUGUUACAGACUCUGUGUAAGUCAAAAGAAAUAAAUAGGACUUAUGUGCUUUCUGCCUGUAACAAACUGGGUGAUGCCUCAGCUACGUUUACAACUGAGCACAAGUUGAUUCUCCAGAGAAGAACUGUGACAAGUAAAGAACAAUCUGACACGAAUACAACACGCGAGAGUGAAAACACACAAACAGAACGAAGAUUGACGCUACAGCGCCGUAUGAGGAUUGGGUCAACUGAGAAGUGUCAAACAAAUCACACUUAUGAAGUUACAGCAGAAAAUGCAGAGUCCAUACCACAGAAACUCAGCAAAGCUUUUGAUGGAAAGCAAGUUAACAGCAAUGAUCUUCCACUUGUUAAAUCUGGCUUUCAGUCACUUAAAGGCCACACAAAUGUAAAGAUAGAUCCUGAUUUGAAAAAAGAUGUGUGUUUUAAUCACAGUAGGUCAGAUGUUACUGGGAGCUACACACCUUUGAAACGCAUGACAGUUGUUGCUGAUUCACAGAGCCAAAAUGAGGGUCCUAAAUCUGCAGUCUUGACAGCAAAAUCUGACAAUAGAGCAUCUGCAUUAAAAUUGACUGAAAAUGUUAAUGUUAUUCAGGAAAAUAAAAUUGAAAGCAUGCAAAACAGAUCUAUUAAAAAUGGAAUUUUGGAAAGACAGAAGACACCAAUGAAAGGUCCAGAAGAAGGAAUUAGAUUUACACCUAAAUAUGGGCAUGUUCAGUAUUCCAAGAGUGCAACUGUCUCCACAGUAAAGAAUAAGCUGCAUUGUUUUCAAACACAGCUAAAGAAAACCAGUACUUCUCACUCUCUAAGUAGUAAAAAUGGAAGGGUGCAGGAAAAUGUCACAUACCCCCAUACUGCUUCAGUCAAAGAAGACACUCUAAUUCAGAAUACGUGCACCAAAGAUGACCCUUUCAAAAUAGAAAACAGUAAAGUGACUGUGGCGGUGAGGAUACGUCCCUUUAGUUCCAGAGACAAAAAUGAAGAAACACUCCAGGUAGUUUCAAUGAUUGGGCAAGAGACUGUUGUGCAUCAUCCAGAUACAAAACAAACGUACAGUUUUGUUUUUGACUUUUCAUUCUGGUCUUUGGAUAAGUGUCCUAAUUUUGCAAGUCAGGAGAUGGUAUAUCAGUCCUUGGCAAUACCGCUCUUAGAAAGAGCCUUUGAAGGAUACAAUACUUGCCUUUUUGCAUAUGGACAGACUGGUUCUGGAAAGUCAUAUACCAUGAUGGGAUUUGAUGAUGAUGAACGAGGAAUCAUACCAAGAUUUUGUGAAGAUCUCUUUAUUCGAAUAGUGGAAACAAAACCACAGCAGACUACUUAUCAUCUUGAGAUGAGCUAUUUUGAAGUUUACAAUGAAAAAAUUCAUGAUUUGCUUGUCUUCAAGGCUGAAAAUGGACAGAAGAAACAACCUCUUCGUGUCAGAGAACAUCCUGUUUUUGGACCCUAUGUGGAAGACCUGACAGUAAAUGUUGUCCAUUCUUAUGCAGAUAUCCAGAGUUGGCUCCAGCUAGGAAAUAAACACAGAGCUACAGCAGCCACAGGCAUGAAUGACAAGAGUUCUCGAUCUCAUUCUGUUUUCACCUUGGUGAUGACACAAACAAAGGCAGAUAUUGUGGAAGAAGAGGAACGUGAACAUAGAAUUGUCAGUCGUGUUAACCUAAUAGACCUGGCAGGCAGUGAACGCUGCUCUGCAGCUCGAACCAGUGGAGAGAGACUGAAGGAAGGUGUGAGUAUUAACAAAUCCCUGUUAACUUUGGGGAAAGUUAUUUCUGCACUGUCUGAGCAAUCUCAGAGCAGGAGAAAGGUGUUUAUUCCAUACCGUGAAUCUGUCCUUACAUGGCUGCUAAAGGAAAGCCUUGGUGGAAAUUCAAAAACUGCUAUGAUUGCCACAAUAAGUCCUUCUGCCAGAAAUGUAGAGGAAACACUUAGUACUCUUCGAUAUGCUAAGCAAGCUUGUUUCAUAAUCAACAUUGCCAAAGUAAAUGAGGACACAAACAUUAAAUUAAUUCAAGAACUGAAAGCAGAAAUUGAGAAACUGAAAUCGGCUCAGAAAAAUGUUCACAAUGUUGACCCUGAAAAACAAAGACUGUAUGUGCAAGAAAUAACAUCUUUAAGAGUGAAGCUAUACAAGCAAGAGAGGGAGAUGGCUGAGAUGCAAAGGGCCUGGAAAGAAAAACUUGAACAAGCAGAAAAAAGGAAAUUUGAAGAAACAAUGGAGUUGCAGAAAGCAGGCAUCACAUUCAAAGUGGACAACCGUCUACCUAAUUUGGUCAAUCUGAAUGAAGAUCCCCAGCUCUCAGAGAUGUUGCUAUACAUGAUUAAGGAUGGACAAACUACAGUUGGAAAAUGUAAGCCAAAUUCACAUCAUGAUAUCCAACUAUCCGGAGUCUUGAUUGCUGAUGACCACUGUCUUAUUAAACAUAUUGAUGGUGCUGUGAGUAUUAUUCCUUUGGGAGAAGCAAGGACCUAUGUUAAUGGGAAAUGCAUUUCAGAUCCUACAUUGCUGCAUCAUGGUGACCGCAUUGUUCUUGGAGGAGACCACUAUUUUCGAUUUAACCACCCAGUAGAAGUUCAAAAAGUAAAAAGUUUUUCUUGUGGUACUGGUGUUCCUGAUGAUGGGCCAAAAGGUUUUGAAUUUGCAAAAAAUGAAUUGCUGGCUGCACAAAGAGCUCAACUUGAAUCAGAAAUAGAAGAGGCACGUCUGAAAGCCAAGGAAGAAAUGAUGCAAGGUAUCCAAAUUGCGAAAGAAAUGGCUCAGGAAGAACUCUCUUCUCAGCAAAGAAUUUAUGAGAGCCAGAUAAAGUCCUUGGAAGCGCAACUGGAAGAGGAAUCCAGUAGGAAACAACUGCAGGAAAUGAAUAAUAAAAUGGCUGCAAACAAAAUUCAGGAGCUGGAGAAAGCAAAGCGAGGCCUUGAGCUAGAAGUACAUUUCAAUAAGAAGCGCUUAGAAAUGGAGACUUUGGCUGCCAAAGAAGCGCUAGAAGAUCAUACAAUUCGUCAUGCCAAGAUUCUUGAAGCUCUGGAGGCCGAGAAGCAGAAAAUUGCUCAGGAAGUGCAAACUCUUCAACAGAGUCGUGGACACAGGAAUAAAGUGGAGCCAAACUGGAAUUCUUUGAAACUAUCGAUGAUGAUCAAGGAGGCCAACACAAUUUGUAGUAAAUUAAAGAAGCACACUGAGUUUUGUAGGCAUGUAAUGGAUGAAAGAAAUGGCACUGGCUCCUCGCUUCAGGUUCAAGUCCAUAACAUCAGGUUGGGUGCUGUAACCUUCUGGAAUCUGGAGAAGUUUGAGGACAAGCUGGCCACAAUAAAAGAACUUUUUGAGAUGAACAGUAGCAACAAAAUUGAUGAGAUUCUUUAUGAUCCUACUGACAACUGGGAACCUGAUUUUUCAAAUGCAUCUGUUUCUUCCAUGUCUCGAAGGCGGAGCAGAAGUUUAAGGAAGAGCAAGCGAGUUUCUGGAUGUUUGUCUGAAGUAAAGAUGAAACUGCAUGAUGCAUAUUUGCCAGGCUCAAGAAAUAAACUGAGCAGCCUGAGCUCGGAUCCAUCUGAAUCUUUCCUACCUGGUAUUUGUAAGGAAUUGCUAUGUUCAGCUUUGGAUACUUUGGGACAGGCAGGUGAAGAAGAGGAGAGCAUGGCACAAAGCCUUUUAACAACACUGUUCACCAUUUCUGCUGGAGUCACUGCCAUGACAAAUGCUUAUGAGCAAGCUGAAGAAAGCCAAGAGGAUUUUUUCACUGUUGACCAAACAGCUCAGUCCUGCAGCAUCAAGAUCACUUCAGCUUUUGAACAGCUUGUAGUUCUAACCAAACAUUGGCUGAACAGUUUCCAAAAAAGUGAUGAAUUUGUACAAAUUCAUGAAGAACUAAGGGAGGAUUUAAUACAUCUGGGGGGAUUUCUGCAAUUGCUAUUUCAGGGAGGUUCUUCGGAUUUGUCUUCCAUAGUAACAGAGGCACAGAAGAAAAUAAUGCAGACAUUGAAACAAAUGGUAAAAUAUGUAGGACACCUGGCGGUACUUGCAGGCACAGGCCUACAUGUUGCAGCAGAAAACAAAGAUGGUACAAGCAACCCAAAGCAGUUCAUAUCGGACAUCUGUGUUGGAAUGACCUUGGGAUUGGAACACCUUUUAGACUGUAUACAGAAGAAAUCUAGGAAGAUGCAGAAUGAACUCUUGAAGUGGUACCCCCAAGAUGAGGUUCAGAAUCAAAUAAAGACUAAAACUAUCGCUUUGGCUAAAUUCCUUGAAAAUAUAAUAUCUGAUUGUAAAAAGAAAGAAGUAGCAGCUCUAACAAAGAGAGGAGAAUCUGUUGACCAAGAGUUAAAGAAAGCAACUAGCAAAGCUGCUGAAUUUUUGGAAUUACAUCAUUGUCUAGAUCAAAUCUAUGAAGCUGUUACUUCUUCUUUACAAGGAUUGUACAGAAAUAGAAGCCCACUCAAACAUUUUAUAGAACAGAUCUGCAUCUUAGCUGGGAAUUUGAAUGCACUCUGUAAUCCAUCAGCUUUGUCUACUGGUUCAACAGACUGUCCUACUUGUGUAAAAUCAGAGCCUCUUGUCAACUGUAGUGAAUUAGACGCUGUAGCAAAGUCACUCCUUAUAACUUUUGAACUUGAACAUGGACAGCAUUCAAUGACACUUCAGGACAAUUGUAUGCGAAGUACUCAGCCUGAAAGAAAACGGUUUGAAAGUGGUGAAACUACAACAGUUGUGGGGCAGAAAGGAGUUCCGAAACAGGAAUAUAAACUCUGGUCUGUACCUGAAAACUUAAGUGAAUCUUCACCUAGUGGAAUACACUGGGUAUAAAAUAUUUUGCUUCAUGUGUAGAAUAAUUCAGAAUGUAGGAAAUAAGCACUUCAUAGUAAACACUGUAAAGGUUAUAUUGGCUGCCGUGUCCUUUCUUGUCAUCAGAGUAUCACAGAAGUGUUGGAAUGAGAAAUUUCAGGUUAAUGUACAUGCUAGCUCAGUCAAGGUUGUCCUUUUGUGGAGAGUAGCUUGCUUUUCUCCAAUAUGAGUAUUAGGCAUUGGCUGAGCCAGGCACUCCAUAUAUAUACCAGUUUUUGUGGAAGCAUAUGGGGAAGAACAACCUGUGAGGGAAAUAUGGCUCACAAAUGUCUUGCAUGUGCUGCGGGGAGGAUAAUGUGUGUUAGAUCUCAUUACCAUGGAAUAGUUCACCUUACCUGCUUGAGAGUACAAAUGGAACUGUCACUCUAACAGGAACAAUUAAUUCAUGCCAGAAUAAAAUCUAGUCUAAAAUACUUAUUUUUAAGAAGUUGUAAGCCAGAAAAUUCUGUUCUACAAUUGAUUCUUUCUACACGAAUGCACCAGCCUUAUUUUGUAGUCAUUGAAUGAGAAGUAUUUGCCUUCAUGUUGGUAUUACUUGAUUCUUAGUUCUAUGAAUAUUUGGCUGGGUGGGGGGGGAGAGAGUUGACUUAUUUGCUUGUAACUAGGCCAGAUAUAUUUAAAAGGAGAUAUAUAUUCUCUCCCCAUCUCUUGGAAAAUAGGUGUAUUGCUGCUUGAGCUGCUAGUGUAUAGUAUUUUACUAGUACCAAAGGAAAAUACACUCCUGGGUCUCAGCCAUUCUUGAAAAGCAUCCUGAGUUACUUCUACUACAGUAGAAGUUAUAAAAACCAGAGGUUGGGAAGAGUUCUUCUACUGCCUCCGAAAUAACAUGAUGGCUAAUCUCCAAAGAGGCUCAUUCCCAUACAGAGAGCUGUGCAAAAUGUGCCUCAUGGAAAGCCACUCCAAAGGUCUUUGGGAGAUCCUUGAGAGAUCUUCGGGAGUGCCGCCUUGGGGACACAGAGGGCUGCAGUAGGAAGGGGGCUAGAAAUUUUGCAUACAGUCUUUGAGAUUCUGGUUGAUAUGUGGUGUAAACUCUAUAAUAUGGUACAUGAUUUUUUAAAAGAGCUUCUUGACAACUCAGGGACUAAGGAUUUUUUGCACUUCUGGAUUUGGUAGAUUUUUCUCAGCCUGGAUUUGAGAAAAAUAAGCUUUUCUUUAUGUUGGUAUUUAUAUGUGGCAUUUAUCUGAUAGGCAGAAAAAUGGCAGUGCAUUUCAAUAACGUUUUAUUACUUAAUAGUGUAACACACAGUACAACAGAACUGGUUCAUCAUUCUCUGAGAGAGUGGAAAUUGUUUGUGUCAUGCUAAGAAUAAUGAACCUAAGAACUUAAUGGGAUCAUUUUGUGAAUUUUUUAAAACCAUGUUGACUUGUGUCAGAUUUGACUGAAGCUUGAAAAUGUAACUGUAUUCAUAUGCAUAUAAAGUGCUUCCAAAUAUUUACAAUCAAAUUGCAACGUGUACAGAAAUUGUCAGACUUCAUGCAACAUAUAAACAUUCAUGUUUCCUUUUUUAAAUUAUAUGCCUUGAACCUUAUAUAUGUUUUGGAAGGACAUUAAAAUGUGUUGUAAAUCUCAUAUAAAACAUUCUAACUCUA